UCAUGUGCGUGUGGCGCCGUGUUUCCAGCCGAGAACUGCCCUGGUGGCAACAGUGGCGUUUUACAGCUGUCUUUAUUUUUUUAUCAGCAGAGAGGCGAUUGAAAUCAGGUGAUGAAUAGUUUAAUAGCAAAUGCUCCCUCUACUUAGAAGACAUCUGAAGGAAGCAACUAGUUUCCGCACGCCCUGACACUUUCUGCUGCUUCAUCCAGUGGUGCCGUUGAGCGUCUGCAGCUGCUGCAAUGUGAAAAUAGCCUACCCAUUCAUCCUCGCCGUUUGUGUGACGUCAACGUCAGAAUGGGAUCCGUCACGCUGCAGAAUCGCGGGCACACCGCCCACCACAUCACCACGACCGACGAUGACAUGUGCGCUUUCGUCUGCGGUUGGGGUGCCGCCUUUGUAAACAUAAUCUGCACUUUUCCCAUGAACAAGGUGAUGUUCAGGCAGAUGCUGCACGGCGUGCGAACCAACCACGCCUUCGACCAGCUGCGUAGUGAAGGCUUUCGCCACCUCUACCGCGGUUGCCUGCCGCCGCUUGUCCAGAAGACCAUAUCGGUUUCCAUUAUGUUCGGCACGUUCAGUGGUUAUAGUCGCUUCACAAUUCACCACUUCCCCGAGGCGAGCGAUCUCACCGUGAAGUUCCUCGCUGGCCUCAUGGCUGGCUCCACAGAGGCCAUACUCACUCCUUUGGAAAGGGUUCAAGCCUUGCUGCAGGACAAGGAACACCAUCACCGCUUCAAGAACACGAUAGACGCCUUCAAGUUCCUGUCCCCGUAUGGCAUCCGGGAGUACUAUCGGGGAUUGACACCAAUUCUUCUCCGGAACGGCCCAAGCACGUUUAUGUUCUUUAGCCUAAGAGACGAAAUGGGACGCCUUGUGCCGAUGGACAAGACGGUUCUCUGGCAGCGGACACUGAGCGACUUUCUCAGCGGCGCAAUGGUAGGCGCAUUUGUAAGCACAGUGUUCUAUCCCAUCAACGUUCUUAAGACGAUAAUCCAAGUGCAGUAUGGCCCUCCGCGCCCUAGCAUGUUAACAGUAUUCAAGGAGACCUACGCAGAGCGGAAGAGCUUGCGCAAAAUGUUCUACGGCGUGCACCUUAACUACACUCGGGCACUAGUGUCGUGGGGCAUCAUCAAUGCAACGUACGAGUUUCUAAGGACGCAAUAUAUGCACUAUGUUCACAGCAGUCACGGCAGUUGGUGAGCUUUUUGUAAACUACAACACCUUUUUGAAACUUGGUGCUCUAUUUUGACCAUGCAUCCACGGGGAGAUUGUUCGCUGGGUUGUUUAAGAUAAGUGAAGGAGCUUGGUCAUUAGUCAGGCUUAAGUCGUGAAGUAGCUUAUGUUGUUAGUACAUUUCCACACAUGCACGUUUAUUGUAAAAGGAAGUUGUGCUGUGGUAGUUCUACCUACGAUAGUGAUACACGUAACAUAUUUUCAUCGCAAUCGUGUCUUUGGGCGAAUCAUUAUGGGUUAUAUGGUUUUUCUGUACUGUGGCUUCUUUGCGUAUCCAGGCCAAGCAUAAAAGUACACGUGCUCAUUCAUGCACCAGGCAUCCUUAAGAGGCAGUGCUGAUUUUGGAAGGUUUAAUGUAAAUAUUUGGUGAUGCUUGUUCGGUGUCUCAAUGCAUUAUGAACCUUGAUUGAGAGGAUGCUUGGCUUUGCAUUAUUUUAUUAAUAAAACCAUCUCGUGAAACACGUGUUUUUAUUCUUUUGUAAAAAUGCAAUCUUUGCUACGAUCGUCUUCACAAUACCAAUUCUGUUCUAGCAUUUCAUCGAGAUUUCCUUCCUGUUGCUGUGCAAAAUGUACUAAUGCGGCCAUAAUUAACUAGUUUUCUUAAAUCUAAUUGUUUCCCACUUUUACACAACAAUUGUACUUAACGCUACAUUGUGAAAAACUUGCCUGGUAUCAUCCACAUUAAUACCAAAGAAAAACACAUUGUUUAUUUGCUAAAAAUUGUCAUGAAGAAAUGCUUUCUUGAAUAAUAUACUUUUGUGUGCUUGUCAGUAAAGCAAGCGUCCAUCAAGUACUGCCAGUUAAAGAUUACCUGAUAAUGUUGACUCUGUUUUUUUUUUACUUAUACAUGUGUGAAGUACAGAAAGAUAAGGUCAUAUAUGCUAGGUCACUUCUGCAAAUGUACUUGCCUAUCUUUCCUAUUUGCUUUUUUUUUUCGCAGCUGCUCGUGUUCUCAGAAAAACAAAACCUGGCUUUCUGACUUCACAUAUUGCCAGUGUAGUGCUGCACACAAGAAACACUGUAAUGAACCACUCCUUUUUGAGGUUUGCAGUAACAAGGUACAUUCUGCGAAUCGAGUGUGAAAGGAAUGCUGAAAAGAGAUGAACACUCUAAGGCCCAUGUCUUUCAGGAGCGCUCAAAGAUAAAUCAUAAGUAGCCGUCUCUCAGCUCUUGUUUAGUCUUUCCAAUCACACUGUCGCAAUUUUCCAGCCAUUAGCUUUAGUCACUGCAGUUCAAUGGAGGCAGCUCCAAUCAAUGCUAAUUUCUUUUUUGUAUGCUUUUGUAUUAGCGUUUCCAUGAAAAUGUUAGCUGAAGCAUCACAAUAUUUUACAAAAAUUUAUACACCCUGAAUUUUCUGAUGUCCAUAUUUUGUGCACUGGGAAUACCUUGAAAAUCUACACUUAAUGCUAUUACAGAUAUUAAAUUCAGUUACAAUGCUACUCUGUUGACAAGUGUUAGUGGUAAAUUUCUCAUUCGUCCUCCGUGUAUACUACAUUAUGCUGUGCUUCGUCUUGAUGUGUACAAACCCGUUUUUUCUUUUUAAUGUACAGAGCAAUACUAUUUACACUUGUUAUUGAUAACUGCUUUGUUAUGAUGUUCUGUGUAGCAUCAUUUUAAUGUUCUUUAUGCAGCUCUCGCACUGUCACUUAAAGUUGCAGCAAAUCAUGCAUUGCACUCAAAUAAAAUGCACCUGAAAGAUGGACCUCUA